AUGUUUGUUGCAGAGUCUCUGUACCCGCGCUUUGUGGAGCCCGUGCCGAAUGUAACAGUGACAGUCGGUCGUGAUGCGCUCCUGGCUUGCGUUGUGGAGGACUUAAAGGGAUACAAGGUAGCAUGGGUGAGGGUUGACACGCAGACAAUCUUAAGCAUCCAUCACAAUAUUAUAACGCAAAACCCGAGAAUCAGCCUGUCGUACAACGAUCACCGUUCUUGGUACUUGCACAUAAAAAAUGUUCAGGAAGUGGACCGUGGCUGGUACAUGUGUCAAGUUAACACCGACCCUAUGCGCUCACGGAAAGGUUAUUUGCAAGUUGUUGUUCCGCCAAUGAUAAUAGACAAUAUGACGUCAACCGACAUGGUGGUCCGUGAAGGUAUAAACGUGACAAUGUACUGUCGAGCUACUGGCUACCCCGAACCCUACGUCAUGUGGCGUCGUGAAGAUGGACAAGAGUUUAAUUGUAACGGAGAAUCCGUAAACGUAGUGGAUGGUGAAAAUUUGACGAUAUCUAAAGUGUCUCGACUGCACAUGGGAGCUUAUUUGUGUAUAGCAUCUAACGGGGUGCCGCCCUCGAUUAGCAAACGAGUCGUCCUCAUGGUUCAAUUCCCACCAAUGCUGUCAAUACCAAAUCAACUGGAAGCUGCCUACAUAGGACAAGACGUGACACUGGAAUGCCACACCGAGUCAUAUCCAACAUCUAUCAAUUACUGGACAACCGAUCGAGGCGACAUGAUUAUAUCAGGAAAUAAAUAUAUUACUUCGCUAACUGACGACAGUUAUAGUCGAAUAAUGAAGUUAACUAUAAGAAGAGUGUCAAAUAAGGACUUCACAUCAUAUAGAUGUGUUGCGAAGAACUCACUCGGGGAAACUGAUGGAUUCAUUCGACUUGAUGAAAUCCCUGCUCCUUCUACAAUCAGUACUACAGUCAACUAUGUACCGACAUUUCCUUACAAAAAGAAAGGCAAAAAUAAGAAUCGAUGGAGGGAGUCUUCAGCCGAAAACCGAGUUAUAGGUGAUUAUGAAGUCGAAGAAUGGAAAGAUAUGGAUUACGAGUCCACGCAAUCGUCCAGAUCUGCAGUUCAACGGGCUACCUUAAGCCUUCUGAUAACAGCAUCAUUAUUAAGUUGA